CCCAUUCACACACACAUUCACACACUGAUGGCGGGAGCUGCCAUGCAAGGCCCUAACCACGACCCAUCCGGAGCAAGGGUGAAGUGUCUUGCUCAAAGACACAACGGACGUGAUGAGACAAUCGAUCAGAUCAUGGCCAGUACGACUACGGCCUCAGAACCAAUGGCAAUGUCACUAGAUUUGCCUGAUGAGGAGGGCGAUCAAGAUCAGGGAAAUACAAGAGAACAAGGAUGCCAGACGGACUAGGUACCAAUUGGGACAGCACCAACGGCAAUGACUAGUGGCAAGAGCACCCAAACAGGUGACCCCAGAGAUCGUCAAGAGGGUUAGAGCUCGGCCAGCCAGGGUUAGUGAAGUCCCAUCGUCAAGUGCAGCAGCUCCAUCUGACAGCCCCGAGAUGCAGACCAACAUAGCAUCUCCAGGUGUGUCUGGAAUGCAAGCCAAGCUACGACCACCUCCUGCAUUGUUUGAUGAAGGACCAUGAACCGAAGUACAUCAUCUUUGAGUCGUGCCUCCAGAGUCUCGUCAAGUGGUGUCACUGUCCAACCUGUGGCAGCCAGGACAUAAGCCCUUCUUGGGAUUCGAACGGUACACAGCUGAUCAUGACCAUACAAUGUGCAUCAUGUGACCAGAGGAGUAGGUGGAACAGCCAGCCAAACAUUGGCCCUUAUGCCGCGGGCAACAUCCUGCUAUCUUCUGGCAUCCUCUUCGCUGGCGCAUCUUCUGGCAAGGUGUUGCAAGUGCUGAACAGCAUCGGAGUGGUCACGUAUGUGAAGAGAACAUUUUUCAACCACCAAGAGCUCAUCCUGCAGCUAGCCAUCAAAAAGGUGUGGGAGGAACAGCAAUGGACGCACUUCAUCAUGCUGCAGGUGGAAGGCCGACCCCUCGUCCUUGGUGGUGAUGGGCGAGCAGACAGUCCGGGACACAGCGCCAAGUUCGGUACCUACACCACAAUGGAGCUAGAGGCCAAUGUGGUUCUCGACCUUCAGGUUGUACAGAGCAACGAAUGUCAUAGCAGCUACCAUAUGGGGAUGGAAGGACUGAAGAAGAUGGUGGAGCUGCUGAUCAGCUGGGACCUGGAUGUCGGGGUGCUGGUGACAGACAGACACAGACAGAUCGCUAAAUGGAUUCGCGAAAACAUGCCCAAAACACAGCACUGCUAUGACAUCUGGCAUGUUGCAAAAUCCAUCGGGAAGAAACUAAAGGCCAUCGUCAAGCUGAAGGACUGUGAAGACCUGAAGCCCUGGGUGCUAAGUAUAAUUAACCACCUCUACUGGGCAGCAGCGUCAACAUCGCCUUGACAGGGGGAACUUCUGGUUGCCAAGUGGAAACCUGUGGAGUGACACAUUCAGAACAUCCACAAGGACCAUGGCGACCUCUUCCCAAUUUGUGCUCAUGAACAACUGCACGGUAGAAGUAUGCAAAAGAAAUGGCUCAAACCAAGUAAGUAGGCAAUAAGUUGCCCGAAAGCAGUGAGGGAAUAGCAGUAUUUUCCUGCACAUCUUUUGAAAGUGCCCUGCGAUGAGGUGGCGACUUGUCAGGGUGUUCUCCGCCUUCCGCCCGAUUGUAACUGAGGUAGGCACCAGCGCCCCCCGCGACCCCAAAGGGAAUAAGCGGUAGAAAAUGGGUGGAUGGAUUUUUGGAAAGUCAAAAAAUUCAGAUAAACUUGUAAAUAAAUAACCUCUUUUCAAAUUGACUGGAACAUUUUUGUAUAAACAUUGUUCUAUUUUAAAUGUAUCUUUAGGUUCACCCUCAGGAGUGAAACUGGAGGAGGUUGUCAACAACAAGUCCCUGCUGAAAGAUAUCGCUAUGCUGUCGGGUGAACACCAGACUUCCAAGGUGGAGGCGUUCCAUAGCCUUAUCAGACAGUUGGCACCGAAAAUGUAUGUCUUCUCAUACAUCGGAAUGCUGUGCAGGAACCUGCUUGCUGGGCUGCACUGGAAUGAAAACUCGAGCCGCCCUACAGCCACUACAAAAGCGGGUGCUGAGCGCUAUGCAGUACACUACCCGAAGUAUAAAGCAGAGGGCUAUGUGGUCAAGAAAAUUGCGACAGAGCCAACAUACCGUAAGCGUAGAGGACACAAAACAUGCUAUGUAGAUGACUUGAUCAGGGAGGUUUUUUCUGGCUGCUGAUAGACCCGUGACGACAGAACACCAGUCAGCGUCACCGUGGAUGUGCCUGCCUUCCUCUGCGAUGAACUGGAGCAGCCAGACAAGGAGGAAGCCAUCGCCAAGCACAGGAGUCGCUUUUCAGUAACUACAGUGGCCAUGUGGAUUCUGUUGCAGUCACUGCACGUCUUGGAACCCCGUGUAGUCCAUCGAUGGAAAUGUUGUUCUAAUCUUAUGUACUACACAAGCUGGUAGUGCCACCCUUAUCUCCUCUCCCAGAUAUCCCCAGCAGAAGCAGACAAACUGUCGAUAUGCCAUAAUUUGCUAUUAACUAUUUUGUACUUCCACCUGGAAGUACAAAAUAGUUAAUAGCAAAUUAUGGCACCUGUAAUUAUCCAGACAUGGAUACACAGUGACUCACUAUUCUCUGAGAUGCAAAAGACAUUGUCAUGCAUUCUAUUCAUUUGUCAUUUACUGUUGCAGUAAAUCUUAAAAAUUGUUGACAUCUACGGUCCAUGUAUGUAAUACUUCUAUGAUAUAUAAUGUCAUUUACUAUGUAGAACAGUACAUUUUAAAGAAUAAGAUAAGAAAGUGCUCAUUCUGACUUAUCUUCAAAAGGUUGAUAGAAUAAAGAAUUAUUUAAACUUA